CCCCACCAUGGCGGUGUCUGCCACCUUCCUCGCAGUCAUCUACCCCUUCCUCUGUGGGCUGGGCCCCUACCUUGCAGACGCCCGCGGCCCCCCAGGGGUGGAGUGUAUCCUCUUCAACGAGGAGUACAUGACCUGCAUCUGGGGGAGCAGAGAGACGCUCAAAGCCAACUACUCCCUCUACUACUGGUAUGAGAACAGGCCCCCCGUGGUGGAGUGCAUGCACUACCUGCAGGACCAGGGCGUCAGCGUUGGCUGCCGCUUCAAUGAGAGCGAAAUCAUCCAGUUCCAGACAUUUCACGUCCUCAUCAACGCCAGCCUCGGAGGCAGGACCCUGAAGAUCCCCAGCGAGCCCAUGCAUCUGCAGGACCUGGUGAAACCAGAGGCACCCGUCAACCUGACCGUCCACAACAUGACUGGCAACCAGCUGCAGCUGACCUGGGCCUCCCCGUACCCCAAAGCCAGGUGCCUGGAGCAUGCUGUCAAGUACAAGAGCAACAAAGACACCAGCUGGACGGAGCAUCGGGUGAAAGGAGAUGUCUUCUCCCUCCCCAGCGUGGACUACGAGAAGUACUACACCUUCUAUGUGCGCAGCAAAAUCAAUAGCUACUGUGGCAACACCCAGCUCUGGAGCGAGUGGAGCGUUCCGGUGGUUUGGGGCAGCAACUCCACAAGCAAGAGUGCAGCAGAGGAGCAGCUGCACUGGUUCUGGUUUCACACGGUCUUCAUCCCCAUUGCCUGCCUGUUCUUGCUGAUCCUUGUCAUCCUGUUGGUGCGCAUGGAAAGAGUGUGGAUCAUCCUCAUGCCCCGAAUCCCCAAUCCCAGCAAGAACUUUGAUGAGCUCUUCAUCAUCCACAAUGGCAACUUCCAGGAAUGGGCUGGAGUCCCCAAAGAUAUUGUAGAGAGCUUCAAGCCCAACUACAGUGAGAACAUCUGCUAUGUGAGCGAGCUGCCCAUUAAGGACAGCUAUGAGACCCUCCAGGAGAACAACAACCGCUCGCCAUUGGUGGUGCCCAGUGCCCCACCUGCCCCCCGUGAGCACAGCCCUUACAAGAACAGCUACAUGGGAGUGUGAUGGACUCCUGCAUCCCUGCCCUCCACAUGCUUUGCACCCCUGCUGCCCCAAACCUCGCUGCCCUGCAGGCCUCACUCCUUGCUCCCACCCUGCCUCCACCAAAUGCCUGGGACCCCCAGCCCUGAGGGCCAGACAGGACAAGCCACCAUGUCACCCCUGCCUGAGGGCCUCUCCUUGGCCUGCUCCCCAGGUCUCUCACCACAAUAAAGCUCUGCUGCUGCUUUCCUACACGAGGAAGAUGGUAGGGGUCCCUGUCACCGGUGAGCCCUGGCUGCAGGGCUGCAGCUGCUCCCUGAGACUCAGCAGCAGCACCAGCACUUUGUCCCAUCUCCAGUGGGGUGCCCAGGGGGCCUUCCCACCCGCUGCCCUCAUGCCCUGUCCCCCUUGUGCCCCACUGCCCUGUCCCCAUGUCUGCUGUCACUAUGCCCUGUAGCCCUUACACCCCACUGGUCCAUACCCAUCCCCAUGCCUGCUGUCCCAUACCCCAUAACCCUCAUGCUCUUCUGUCUGGUCCCCAUGCCUGUUGUCUCCACAUGUCAUCACCCUUAUGACUCAAUUCCCUGUCCCCAUGCCCCAUCACCCUCAUGCCCUGCUGCUUUGUCCUCCACCACCUUCAAGCUCCAUCCCCCUGCCCCGCUAGCCCAGGCAGAGCGGGGAUGGAGGGAACCCGACCACCCUGCAGAGCAUGGCUGGGGCUGGACCAGCAGGACAGGCCGCACCGAGGUUCAAUA